AUGGUAGAUUCUCGCUUUUCGAUUGUAAAGCUGAAUAACGGAAACUAUCAGAGCUGGAAAUAUAAAGUCGAGCUACUGCUAAUAAAGGACGAGUUAUGGCAUACAGUAAACGAAAUAAGACCAGAUAAUCCUGAUGAGAAGUGGUUGAAGGCGGAUAGACAAGCAAAAACUACAAUAGGCUUGUUGGUGGAAGACGACCAGUUGCGGCAUAUAAGGGACGCCAUAUCCGCGCGGGAAGCGUGGCACGCGUUAAAAUCUUAUCAUCAGAAGGCAUCACUCACGAAUCACGAAGUGUAUUUAUUAAAGAGAUUAUGCAAUAUGAGACUUGAGGAAAGUGGUGACAUGGAGACACACAUAAAUCGAACAUUGAAUAUGGUGGACGAGUUAACCGCACUAGGUGAGGUAUUAAAAGAAAAAUUAAUAAUCGCUAUGCUUUUAGCCAGUCUCCUCGAAUCGUAUAGUACGCUCAUCACAGCGCUAGAGACCAGAGCGGAGGAUGAACUAAUCUUGCAAUUGGUAAAAGGAAAACUCAUAGAUGAAGAUAGAAGACGCAAGGACAUGAGAAGUUAUGAAAAUAAAGGCGAGGAUACAACUCUCAAAAUAUCUCACAAACAUGCUACGCAGCAGAAGCAAGUACAGAAAUCUAAAGAGCUUAGCUGUUUCUUUUGCAAGAAACAAGGUCUAAAAGGGGAUGAAGAAGGAUUGUACAAAGUAUAAACGAU